ACAACUUUCCAAUCAGAAUUGAAGAUGAGUGAAUGAUAUUCAGAAGGCCUUGGAUCGUCAAAGAUUUUUGUUUGUAUGACGUAAGCCGCCAGACAUGACUUGCGUAUUAGGCCACUCAUUUCUAGAUACUUGUCUAGGUGUCAAGCACAAUAGCUAUGUAAGAAAGGUUGUUAACGUUAGCUGUUGCCUGCACAGUAAUCUUCGUUGGAAUAACGUUCCAACAACCUGAUCACUUUCUGCCAGAUACAAUAAGCAAAUAAGUGUGUGUCAGCCUCAGAUUAGGUAAACAUUAGUCAACUGACGAGUCAGAUUUCGGGUGAUGUAGCUAGCUAUCCUGCUAACAAUUAAUGUUAGCUAGCUAGCUAGAGUAGCUGGCUAGCUAAAGUUAGCAAGAUUACUCGCAAAGCACUCGUUAUCUUUGAGCACAAAAUAGUUUUCUUCCAAGGAAACAACUAAAAUUUUUCUAGCUAGCUAACUGUAGAGUAAACGAAACAAAUGGAAAGCGUGUAAAUGGAUGGAUCGGACGCAAAUAUGCUAAAUUGUGCGAUCAAGACCGAUCUGAACUUGCUGCUUGAGUGCCUCAAGUAUCAAAUGAAUUGUCCUGAUGCACAGAAGCAAGCUCUGCUCACCAUAUACUCCAUAUGUCAAGAAAAAGGGGAAGUUAUAGACUAUUUCCGGGAGACGGGUGGUGUCCUGUUUGUUUACAACCUCUCUAAAUCCAGCCAGCACUUGGAGGUGAAGGAGGCAGCCCUCUUUACGCUGGGAGGCCUGGCAGAGAACAGUGUGUUUUGCCAGCAGAUUUUGUGCAGAGUGGACAUCUUUGCAUACAUGAUGCAUUUGCUUGUGGAAGACUCCCCACUGACCCUGAAAAGGGUCGUGGUGUACAUGGUGUCGGUGCUUGUCGCCAAUAACAAAUCUGGCCAGACGUUUGCCAAGUCUACAGGGUGCAUGGAAGUCCUGUUGGAUUUGUUCAGGACGAGUUUUCCCACCUCGAGCGGAGCGGCUGACAUCGCUCAGCGGUGCCAGCUCUGGACGUCUGUGUCGAGCGCGCUGUGCGGCUGCGUGAACAACCCGCAGAACGAAGAGAACCAGCUGAUAUGCAUGACCAUCUUCCCCGAGGCCAGAAAAUGGCUGGAGAAACUAGCACUGCCCAGAGUGGAGAUCAUGCGGCCAAUCACCUCCCUAAUAGGGAUGAUUGUUGCUAAUAAUCCGUCCGCCCAGGAGAGCUUCGCCUCGACGGGGGGCCUGCGGACCCUGGCCCGGUCUCUGGUGAGGUUCGCCGCCGAGUCCCACCGCAGCCCCCUGGCCCGCGACCUGGCCGUCAUGGCGACCAAGACCCUGAGCGCCUGCGUCACCGACAAGGCUCCCCUGGCCUCGGGACUGGCUGAGUACCAUCUGGUGCCUCAGCUGUUGACCCUGCUGUCCUGUCCCGGCCUGGACCCCCGGAACCGGCUGUGCAUCGUCCUGGCGCUGGGCCACUGCACCGAGUCCUGCGGUGAGCCCCCCCCACCCCCCCCUUACAUCUGCACACCGCACGUGAAUUUUUGUUUCUUUCCCGCGGAAGCCUCGACCCUGGGGACGGACGGAGGGAGCCGCUCCCCCCGGGUCGACCUCGACGACCCCCUGGAGCGGGCGGGGCCCCCCGGCGAUCUGCGGAGUUACUGGAGGUCAGCGUGGGAAAUACAGACCAGGAUAGAGCAGCUGGAGAAGCUCCAGGGAGAGGCUGUGCUGGGAGGUGAGGGGGAGAGGGAAGGAGUGAAUUCCUCAGAUAAGUGGCGUGGGUCGGGGCGAGAGGAGACGCCCCCCCCGGCCUCCUGCGCCUCCGCCGGGUUUUGGGAGGGGACUCCCCGGGUCCGGAGCGCCAGAGGCAGGGGGGAAGAGGGGGGCGCGUCCCGCCGGGGGUUCGAAGGCCCGAUCGAGAGCAGGGACCUGGAGCGCACCCCGGCCCGGCCCAGAACGCAGGAGCCCCCCAGGCAGGACCCCCACAGGAACUCCGGGGCUGACGGCAGGUUUCCGAGGGGCUCGGUCAGGAGGCAGAUUUUCCAGGCCAGCGCUGCACCACAGAGCCGAACAUCACAGCAGUCAGCCCAGUCCAGCAGAGAGCAGCUCAGCCGCAGUACCGCCCCACAGCCACCAGGUGGAGCUUCGCGGCAGAGUGAGCCCGCGGAGCUGGGGGGCAACGUGCGUUCCGUCUGCAGCAGGAUGCCCCUCAGCUUGACCCCUCCGGUCACGGGACGUCCCAGGGAGCGGGAGGGGGCGGCCAGCCCUCCCCCCGCGCCCCCAGAGAGCCGAGCGAUUUUCAAACGUCCGUACCCAGCCAAGGAGAGAGCUGCACGCAGUGAGAGCCCGUCCUUCAGAGAUCACAUGUCCCUGUGCGCAGACGUCCUGGAGGGCGAGAUCAGGAGGAUCCUGCGCACGCCCAACGCCGCGACCGCGCCGGGUUCCUUCCGAUGCUCAGGGUGCGCCACGGGCCUGUCGGGGCUGAGCAGCCGGACCUUCGGCCCGAUCCUGCGGUCCUGCCGGCACCGGUGCGACCGGCACGCCGUCCUGCAGGAGGCCCAGGCCCGCUUCAGACAGCGGCGCAGAACCCAGCCAGGACACGCCCAGCAGGGGCGCUGCGCACAAAUCAGCCUGACUCCCCUCCGCUGGGGCGCCCUCUCGCCCCCUAGGAGCACAGCCGGGCCAGCCUGGAUGACUCUGACUCCAGUUAAGAGAACCCAGGACCCUGUAGACGGGGGCGCAUACCACAGGGAGGGGCCCGCCUGCGAGGAGCGCCAGGAAGCCCGGCGUGGGGACGAGCGCGCCUGCAACAGGAGGGAGAGAAAGAACUUCACGCAGGAUGAAGUCCAGUAUCUGCGGGACGGGGUGAAAAGGCUAGGCCCGUGCUGGAAUUCCAUUCUGUGGUCCUACCCCUUCCAAAAAGGCCGAACCAACGUGGACUUGGCAAAGAAAUUCUCCCGCUUGCAGAAGGAGAUGCCGCUGGUCGGGGAUCCAGAAGACUGACAUGUCAUCCAAAAACCCACAGGAAGAGUGAUCGGUUUAACACAUAAUUGUAUUGUUUGAGUCAUUUCAUUAGUGAAAUAUUUUGUGUUGUUAUUUCUGGUUUGUUUCCUGGAUGUGUUCGACUUCAGUGUUUUUGCGAGGAAUUGUAUGAUAAGCAGUUUGCAUUCAAAUAUUCAUAACCAUUUACUUGACAAAUACAUGUUACAUUAUUUAUAUAUUUAUAAAAAGACAAAGUCGGGCAGCUUUGACAGGAAACCGCUUCCUCUUUUGACUGUGGUCUGAGCUGGUUUUAAUAUUCAUCAAAUGUUUUUGAGCGCUCAUCUCAUUUACAAUAAAACGAAAAAUAAUUAUACGAGGAA